AUUGCCAUUGUUUCGGAAGUGGCGUUCGCUGACGCGUACGUAGUCGGGUACAGCUGGUAGGUCCGUCCAAAUGCGGUGGUUCGGUUUCGGGUUUAACGCAUUUCGUCAGAUAACAGGACGUGUUGAUGAGUGCUCUAAAGGCGACGACGUGAGUGGCGUGAAAGUGGUGAAUCCCACGGAGAUCAGGUGUAGCGUGACCGGAAGUGGCUGCACUGAGAUCAGUGGCAUCAGAGCAAGUUGGAGUCGGAGAGCGUCGCUGCAUUUAGACGGUGACCACCAUGUAUGCUCAGCCCAUGGGGCGCAGCCGGCAGACACAAGAGGCUGUCAGAGCGCUGUUAUCACAGAAAGACAUCUGAUCCUGGCGUUCAGCGACAGAGUCGAGGCCUGGGAGCAAGACGACAAACAAAAGACCCCAACAUGGAGUAUGAAACUUAAACCCCAGCAGGAGUCCUCUGACUCAACUAUCCAGCUGCCCUUAGUCGCGGAAGGUUACAUCGCCACAACCCCGCCUUUCUACCACUGCGUAGCUCCACAGUUGAAGGCCAAGAGUCUUGCACUGGGUGCGAAACAUGCCGUCCUUCUGAGCGUCACUGGAGCCGUGCACACCUGGGGCCUGGGCAGCCAUGGACAGUUGGGUCACGGUAGCCUGACAUCUGAGGAGGAGCCCAAACCUGUGGAGGCUCUGUGGGGGAUGUCGAUGAGUUGUGUCGCUGCAGGAGGCUGGCACAGCGUCUGUAUAAGCGAUGGUGGGGACCUGUACGUGUGGGGCUGGAAUGAAAGUGGACAGCUUGGACUUCCAUCCCAAGCUCUGAGGCAGAGUCAGAAGCAAAGUGUCCAAGUUGCAUCUCAAGCUGAACCUGCCAUUGAUGGGGACAAUGAAGAAGUGUUCAUAUCCAUCCAAGCAUUUCCUGCUCUUCUGGAUCUCAAUCCUGCCUGUGACAUGACAGUGGCUAGCUGUGGUUCCCGACACACAGCUGCAGUGACAACCAAAGGGGACCUCUACACCUGGGGUUGGGGUGAAUAUGGUCAGCUUGGAUAUCAGACUUCAUGUUCGGAUGAGCCCCUGCGAGUGGAGUUUUUCACAGAGAGGCAGAUGUGUGUUGCAGAUGUUGUGUGCGGGUCCUGGAACACGUUUGCUGCUGUCAAAGAUGUGGAUCCCGUUUAAGCCCCUUGUUUUGAAGUGUAGAAAUGCAUCAUGACAUUAAUCUCCACUUUAAUAAAGUCUUUAUAGAAAUAAAAGGCACAAAUAUGCAUUCAGUCUGUAAAGCCGUCAAGAAAAUAAUUUAAGAAAUAAAACCAAAGAUUGAAGUGAGGUUUGAACGUAGAUUGAGAUAAACGUGUUGCCACUCUUCAGAGUACGAUCUUGAAAGAGCUG